CAGACUGUCCGCUUUCUGUCGCCGAGACAAGCAAGAGGAGGGAUGUUCGGCCUGGCAGCACCAGCCCCAGCUCUCACUGCUCUCGAAAGGAGCUGAAUUGUUCGGCACGUCAUCAUUACCCGGGAGCUAACCAUAACAAUGCAUAUCCUGUAAACCACCAAAUAUGGCUCAAAGUAAGAGGCCAGGGACCUACAGUGUGACUCCUCCAAUCCCGACCUCCUGUCCCACAGCUCAUCAUACAGAGUCAUGUGAUUUGAAAGCCAUCCAACCGAGGCAGCGGCCAGCUCGCUACCCCAAGGAAUCACAUGUGCCAAAGCCCCUUCCUCGUACCUGUAAGGCACAUUAUUCCUCUCUCAAAUGUGAAGAUGUGGUUCCCAGCUGUCCAGAAGUGGAUGUGGAUGCAGAUGUUGAACUGAAACAAUAUAACAAUCAACCUGCUGUAGAAUUAGAGGACCAGAGAUCCACAAUACCCUCGACGUCUGAACAUGAGCAUGAGCAAGAUAACCACAACCAGGCAGACCUUCAUGACAGCCUGGAUGAUGACUCCUGCUCUGACUACAUUAACAACACUUCAGAGGACGAGGAAGACUAUGAUGACGGACUGGCAGAGGAGGAUGAAGGUGUUACUUACUACAUCCGGUACUGCCCGGAGGAUGAGAGCUACAUGGAAGCUAUGGAUUGCAGCAGCCAGGGAGACUGCAAACACGGUCACGAGCGGGUCUGUAUUAUGCAGCCAGGUGAAGCCCACACCGAGUGCCAGGAGGCAGUUGAAGGGUGGACUGAAGAGGGAGACACAGAGGUGAGAGAGGAGGAAUGGGUGGAAGAUGAAGAGGAAGAAAGUGGCGCCAAAGAAGAGUGGAGAGAAGAGGAAGAAGGCAUGAGAGAGGCAUGGAGGGAAGGAGAUGAAGAGGGUGGCGAGGAAUGGAGAGAGGAGGGUCCAGGCAGGCAAGAGCAGUGGGCCGGUAGUGGGAGGCACAGAGAGGAGGAAUGGGCUGAGGGUGAGGGGGAGGUACGCUGUGAGGUGGUGGAGCAAGAUCCAGAUGAACAGAUAUACAAUGGACGACCAGAACCAAUCUUGGACCAUAGCCAUCACAAUGACCACCAACAACAACCUGCCAUGAAAGAUGACCUACACACUUGCCAGCCUGAUGAGGAGGACGAGGGCGAUGCAGAAAGCGAGGAGUACUGCCCAAAUGAGGAAGAAGAUGAGGAAGGAGAUGAACAUGAGAGACAUGAAACUGCCUAUACUGGAGACUACUAUGCCCCAGAAGAUAAUGGCAACUCUGUGCAUGUCUCUCCCUUCCCAGGCCGCAAGGUGCUAGUGGUCGAGGGGGAGACGGGUGAGGAAGCAGAGGAGGACAUUGACCAAAUAGUUGCUGAGAUCAAGAUGAGUAUGAGCAUGGGUAGCCUAAGUAGUGGUACUGACCAAAGCCCAGAAGAAAUGGCACAAGACCCACCCACUGGUGACUACCUUCAUGCCAAGCCCAACACAGCCACCUACCCAUUAGCGCACAACCACCAUGACAGCAGACCCAAGUCCCUUAACCUGCCUUCUGUGCAUCAUAACAACCCAGACCUCCAGAGGGGCCUCAAGAUACAACCACAUUCCCCAGAAGAUCGAGAGCGAUGGCAACAGGAGCAGGGGUACAGCAGUGCAGAGCAACCCAGAAAACAGCAGCGCUCUGACUUGAACCUUCCCCUGGAGAACAACAACGUACCAGAUACCACCAAAAAAGUUGCGUCGUUCCCCAGCUUUGUUGAUGUCCCAGGACCCUGCGAGCCAGAAGAUCUGAUUGAUGGAAUCAUCUUUGCCGCUAACUACCUGGGCUCCACUCAGCUGCUGUCUGAGAGGAACCCUUCGAAGAACAUACGCAUGAUGCAAGCCCAGGAGGCAGUCAGCAGGGUUAAGAGGGUACAGAAGGCUGCCAAAAUCAAGAAAAAAGCGAGCCCAGAUGGAGACGUUUUAACGCUCACUGAAGUUGAUCUUUUCAUUUCCACUCAGAGGAUCAAGGUCCUCAAUGCAGACUCACAGGAAACGAUGAUGGACAAUGCAUUGCGCACCAUAUCCUAUAUCGCUGAUAUUGGAAACAUUGUGGUACUAAUGGCAAGACGUCGAAUGUCACGUACAGCUUCCCAAGAUUGUAUUGAAACCACACCUGGUGCACCUGAGGCGAAGAAGCAGUACAAGAUGAUAUGCCAUGUCUUUGAGUCUGAGGAUGCCCAGCUCAUCGCUCAGUCCAUCGGCCAGGCUUUCAGUGUAGCUUAUCAGGAGUUCCUGAGAGCCAAUGGAAUAAACCCAGAGGACCUGAGUCAAAAGGAGUACAGUGACAUCAUCAACACACAAGAGAUGUACAACGAUGACCUCAUCCACUUCUCCAACUCUGAAAACUGCAAAGAGUUGCAGCUGGAGAAGAGCAAAGGCGAAAUCCUCGGUGUGGUGAUUGUGGAGUCCGGCUGGGGCUCCAUCCUGCCCACUGUCAUCUUAGCCAACAUGAUGAACGGGGGUCCUGCGGCACGCUCGGGCAAGCUCAGCAUCGGAGACCAGAUCAUGUCCAUCAACAACACUAGUCUCGUAGGGCUGCCACUCGCCACCUGUCAGGGAAUCAUCAAGGGCUUAAAGAAUCAGGUUCAGGUAAAAAUGAACAUAGUCAGCUGUCCUCCUGUUACUACUGUCCUCAUCAAGAGACCCGACCUCAAGUACCAGCUGGGAUUCAGCGUGCAGAACGGCAUUAUUUGCAGUCUAAUGCGGGGCGGCAUCGCAGAGCGAGGGGGGGUCAGAGUGGGCCACCGGAUCAUCGAGAUCAAUGGGCAGAGUGUCGUGGCCACAGCACAUGAGAAGAUUGUCCAGGCCCUCUCAAACUCUAUUGGCGAGAUUCACAUGAAGACUAUGCCCGCAGCCAUGUUCCGACUCCUCACGGGGCAGGAGACGCCAAUGUACAUAUAAAGUGAAAGGACUGUCAGCUGCUUGUCUAUAAAAACUUGUAUUGCACAAACCCACAAGUCGAUUCAUUUCCUCAUCCUUUAUCUGGUUCCCGUCUGAAGAGCUGAACAAAUUGUGUCAAUGUUUUUUUUGGGUUGUUGUUGUUAUUUAUUUAUUGGUCUUGUCUGUGCUCUUGUGUCCCUACAAUGAGAUGGAAGGACUGACUGAGUGAAGGCCUCACAUUUAGUUUUAUAGUCACCCAAAUAAUGCAAUAUUUUCAACUAUACAUUGCACUAUGUAUAGAUUGAUUAUUUUCACCUGUUUAUUUAUUGCCCAUAUGAAUACUUUGUUAAAAAAUGUAACAGCGGGUGAUACGAGGAGCUUUGGUGUAAAUAGCUACUGACAUGUGCUAUUAAGUGACAUGCAGACAAGUACAGUAUGGCAAGAUUAUCAGUUGCAGGAUAUGGUAAUAAUUGCAAGUUUAAGCAGAGAUGUGUUAAAAAUCAUGAAUUUGAAUGUGCUAAAUUAAUAUAAUGUAAACGUGAAUGAAACUGGUGUGUGCAUUAGGGGCUUAAGGGAAAGAUGCCAGUUAAUGGACUUUGCUUUAUUUAAAGGCAAUACACACGCAACGCUGAAGACUUUUCUAUAUCUCAUGUACACACGUGUACAUACAUACAUUUCAAAAACAACCACAAAACUAGCAAGAUGCAUCAAUUAUGCUUUUAAUAUCAGUUACUUGUAUCAAUUUUCUUUUGUCUGCUUCCUGUUGUGUAUGUUGAUCUUUGGUGUUCCUGACUGAAACUCAUGCAAACAAUGAGUUGACUGUGAAUGUAAUGUGCUGCGUGAGCUGUCCCAUUGCCAUACCAAGUAUUAGAAUGUUUGUACAUAAAAGGAAACGUGUCUAGUAUUGCGCUCCUCAUCUAAAGAGAAAACACCAUGGUUUAGUCACUGCAUCAUCAUCCCACAUGAAUGUUGGCUUUGGGAGGGAAAGAUCAGACUGUGAAUCACACUGUGACAGUAAAAGCCUUACAACAGAGUAAAGCUUUUAACGAUCCACUGUAUUCCAUUUAACCACUUGAACAUUAUCGGUGUGCAUGCCUCGUAAUGUAGUAUCAUGUCAUUGUGGCAAGAUAAUAAAAUCAGAGCUAAACCUGG